UUCAUCAAGUUUGUGAUAGCGCUUGAAGAGAAAAUUUUUGUGUGCUUUGUUACCACCAAGAGCCAAAGCAAUACUGUGCAGUCCUGAACGUCCCUGCCAGGAACAAAGAACUGGCGGCAGGGACAGAAAUGUCUGGAGCUGUGCAAGAGUCCAACAGCCCAGCGCUGGCUUUUAUCACAUGCUGGGACAAGGAUGACGUGGAGAGGCGGGGAGUCUGUCCUGCAGAGCCGGGGUGCCAUCGCAGUGUUGGUGGUGGGAUCUGGGGAGCUUCUGCCCCGAUGGCAUCUGUAACCCAGCAUCAGAUCCAGAAGUUCCACAAGGAUGGCUUCCUUGUCCUGGAGCAGUUUUUCAGCACAGAGGAGUGUGACGAUAUGAGGAGCCAGAUCCAGAAAAUCGUCGCGGAGAUGGAAGUGCCGCCGCACUGCCGCACCGCGUUCUCCACCAGGGAGGAAGAGCAGCUCCAAGCACAGGGUAGCUCGGAUUAUUUCCUCACCAGUGGAGACAAGAUCAGGUUCUUCUUUGAAAAAGGUGUUUUGGAUGAGAAAGGUAACUUUCUAAUUCCAAAGGAGAAGUCUGUCAGCAAGAUUGGCCAUGCUCUACACGCUUAUGAUCCUGUCUUCAAGCAAAUCACCCACUCCCCCAAGGUGCAGGAACUGGGAAGAAAACUAGGCCUUGAGAGACCAGUAGUUGUGCAGAGCAUGUAUAUCUUCAAGCAACCUGGCAUUGGUGGUGAAGUGACUCCACACCAAGAUGCCACCUUCCUGCACACGGAGCCUCUGGGCCGCAUCCUGGGGUUCUGGAUCGCCCUGGAAGAUGCCACACAGGAGAAUGGCUGUUUGUGGUUCAUCCCUGGCUCUCACACCAAUGGGAUUACCCGGAGGAUGGUCCGUGCAGCUUCAGGUGCCUCAACAUGUGUCGAGUUUGUAGGCUCAGAGCCAGCCUACGAUGAGAAGCAGUUCAUACCUCUGCCUAUAAGUAAAGGUGGACUCAUCCUCAUCCAUGGUGAGGUUGUCCAUAAGAGUGAACUCAACAGCUCGGAGUCUUCUCGCCACGCAUUCACCUUCCACGUGAUGGAAGCCAAAGGUACCACCUGGAGCAAAGAGAACUGGCUUCAGCCAACUCCUGAACUGCCUUUUCCAUCGCUCUACACUUGAAGUUAGUGACUGGCUUUUGUGGAGUCAAUAGCUGAUCAAUAUUCCUUUCUGAUUGUUCAUUCACAAUCUUUUAAAAACAAUCUUCACUAGAUCAGCUCUCAAUGUUCAUUUAUCCUCCUCCUCAAAACCAGGGCCAUUAUCACAGCCCAAGACCUGCAGUAGACAGAAGCUUCUACUGAAGCAGGAGCCGUGCCAGUAUGAGAGUAGUCACUAGUCCUUUUGCUAAGGAAACACCUUCAGUCUUGAAAACAAACCAGUUAAGACCAUUGCACAUUGGCUGGGACUACUUACCAAGUAUUUCUCCUUGCAGAUACUCAGUAUUUUCUUGUGUUUAAGAGCUUAAGUCCAUUUCUUGUCUGGUUGACUCCAGCAAAGCAGGUGAACAUGCAGGGGAGAAGUUUGAUUUUCACCCCUACGUUUCUGUCUUAUUUUUGGAAUAAGUGAUUUAAAGCAAUCUUGUGGAUAAAAUGAAGCAGGAGUCUGCUUUUUAUAGUCAGUCUUCUAAAUACUGGCAGACAGUAGCUGAAUGUUUUAUCUCUGGCUGUGAUUAAAAAUACAAUAAUUUUUGAAGAUUCAUGUUGAAAUAAUGGACACAACCUCCGUCAAACUUUUUACACUUAAAUAAAAAUAUAGGAAUUCUCAUUUUCAUCUCCAUCUUUUCUUUGAGGAAGACACAGUGUGACCUUCGCCCAACAAAUGGGGACAGUGCUAAAUUGUCUGGUGAGCAGCUGGAACUCUAAAUAUGCAAAAGACCAAUUUCUAUCCCCAAACCAGCUUAUAGCAAGGAAUGUUUGGAAAUGCAAGCUACAUCCCAGACUGUAUCCUGAACUGAACAGGAGCUGUGUAGGUGUGAUUUCACCAGCACUGGUGCAGCUCUGGCAACCCUGAGAUAGGAGCACAGUGUCACCAAUGCAGGAAUUAUAGCAGAGUGACCCUAAGGCUGCUGAGGACACCCAAAUCUUACUGACUCAUCCCUUUCAAAAGUAAAUUGGGGAGCUGGGUCAUGGCAACAGCAGAAACAUUGAAUGCAAAGUU